CAUGGGCAUGGAUUGUGUGCAGCAAGUAGUACGCAGCAGUGGUCGGGUUCCUGACCACUGCCAGCUGAAGUUUGUAAACUUUGAGAUCCACAAGAACCACAUUGCCCAUGAAACUGUGGGGCUCAGCACUCAUCAGUUGGUGGUGAGAAGGGGGUGGGCCUUCCAGUUAACUCUGAUAUUCCACCAGCCGAUCGAUUGGUCUGCAUACAACUUUGAGCUGGAGGUGCAGCUGGGUGAUCUAACAGAGAGAUUCCCCGUGCACUUCUCCUCUCAGUGCCUCACCUCUCUGCGUUGGUCGGCCCGAGUCCUCCCUGAAAGCCUGCUCUCUCAUUCUGUGAGCGUGCAUGUGCGUUCCCCUGUGGUCUCGGCUGUGGCUUCGUACCACCUGCUGCUGCACAUACAGAGCCAGUAUCACAUAUUUAACUAUGAACUGGGGACAUUUGUGCUGCUCUGUAACCCCUGGUAUAAAGAUGACCCAGUGUUCAUGCCUCUGGAGGUGCAGUUGCAGGAGUACAUCCAGAGUGACUAUGGGCUUGUAUAUGUUGGAACGCACCAGAGUGUGAGGCAGCAGCCCUGGGCCUUUGGACAGUAUGAGCCUGGAGUUCUGGAGGCCUGUCUUCAGCUCCUCCAGGUAAGUCCACAGCAUCAGAGUGACAGGCAAAUCGACUACCUCCGGCGGGCUGACCCUGUUUACCUCUGUAGAGUGCUUUGUGCUAUGGUGAACUGUAAUGACGACCAGGGAGUUCUAGCAGGGAAGUGGCAGGGCAGUUACGCAGAUGGAGUGUGUCCCACAGACUGGACUGGAAGUGCUGAGAUCCUGCACCAGUGGCUGUCGUCUAACUACAGCCCAGUGCGAUAUGGACAGUGCUGGGUGUUUGCCUGUGUCCUCUGCACAGUGCUGAGGGUGCUUGGGAUCCCCUCCAGAGUUGUAACUGUUUUUAAUGCAGCUCAUGAUACUAACACAAACUUGAUAAUUGAAGAGUAUUACUCCAGUAAAGGACAGAAGUUCAACCUAUCAAAGGACAGCAUCUGGAACUUCCAUGUGUGGGUAGAGUGCUGGAUGAGGAGAGAGGACCUGGGUGCAGACUUUAAUGGUUGGCAGGUAGUAGACCCCACCCCUCAAGAGAAGAGUACAGGGAUCUACUGCUGUGGCCCCUGCCCAGUCUCAGCGAUCCAGAGACGCUGCCUUCACUGUCCCUUUGAUGCCUCGUUCAUCCUGGCCUCAGUGGACGCCGAUGUGAUUCGACUGAUUGUACGGGACGGCCUGGUGGUGGGGAGGAGCGUGGACACAGAGUGGGUAGGACAGCUCAUCUACACCAAGAGCAUCGGAUCAGACAAACCAGAAAGCCUCACUCAUGCUUAUAAGACGAGAAUUGAGAAAACUUAUCAAAAAGGACCAAGGCCUCGUUGUAUGCAGUCUUCCCCUGUUCUUUCUAGUCUAGAAAUGUCUUCUUUGGGAACAUAUUCUUCAACUGCAUCAUUUGGAAGGAUAUCAGCUCCAUCAGGUAUUGUACCCAGACUGGAAGUGUCUCUGGAUGUAGAGAGGAGCCCCUAUAUGGGUGACGCCAUCUGCCUCUGUGUCACCAUAUCCAAUCACUCCAGACAUACUCGCUUUCUCACCGAGCACCUCAACGCACAGCUCAAACACUAUAACUCCUGCCCCCAUGAGAACUUCUGGAAAAACUCCCACCAACUGGAGAUACAGCCAGGGCAAGUCAUGACCCUCCACCACAGUAUUCCUGCCUCCCAGUACAAGUCUCUGAUGGCCCAUGACAACAUUGUGAAUGCAGCAGUGGUAAUAAAGGACAUGAAGACCAAAGAGAGAGUCAUGGCCGCACAGGAGUUCAACAUCUCUUCACAUGAGAUCAACAUAGAGGUUGAAGGAGGGGACAGCAUUCAGAUGAAGAAAAACUAUAUAGUACAUGUCUUCUAUACAAACCAAUUCAGCACUGUUCUAAGUGGUGCGGUCUUGUGUGUGGAGGGCUACGGACUUUUGAAGAACAAGCAUAAGACCAGGCUGACACUGCUGCAGCCUGGGGAGUCCAUCCAGACCACUGUGUCCAUCAUGGCAUCCUCCCUAGGAACCAAACUGCUACAGGGGACCUUCUCUCACAGCGACAGUCCUGGAGUGGUGUCCCGGAGCUUCCGCAAAAUCUCAGUUCACAACUAA